GUUGCCGGGGGCCGCUCGGAGUUUCUCAGACAUUCAACAGGCGGCUGCCGAGCAGAGCGGGGCUCCGAACUCUGCGGGCAACGCUGGUUUUUGGAACCUCGGAGAGUGUCCGUUCCCAGUCACCUCGGUGCGGCCGCAGGACCUUAGCCAGGAGCUCAUGAAGUGACUGAAACUUUGUGUGGUGUUUGCGGGCAGUUUACUGGUGUUCCCCGGCUACUGUGACCCGCUCUCCGACUUAACUGUCCCGGUACAGGGGGUAAGUAGGGUGCCAUGGCUGAAGCACCGCAGCCCCCUCCGCCAGUGGUGGAGAUAGACCCGGAUUUUGAACCUCUAGCCCGGCCCAGGUCUUGUACCUGGCCCUUACCCCGUCCUGACUUUAACCCGAGUAGUUCGGCAAACUCGUCCCCGGCCCCUUCCUUACAACCGGACCCAGCGGCCGGCAAUGUGGACUUUAUGAGCAACCUGAGCCUGCUGGAGGAGAGCGAGGACUAUGACCCGGCCGAGGCUCUGGGAGUUUGCGGUGACUUCCCGUGUGGGGACCUGCGCCAGCUGCAGCACCCUCAUCAGCAACAGCAACAGCACCCCCAGGCCGGCCCGCUGCAUGUGUCACCUGCCCUCCCGGCUCUGUCACCGGCCUCCUCCCCGUCCCCCCUGGGAGCCCAACAGCCCCGCAAGAGCAGCUCCUCCCGCCGCAAUGCCUGGGGCAACCUGUCCUACGCCGACCUCAUCAGCCAGGCCAUAGAGAGCUCUCCCGAGAAGAGACUCACCCUGUCCCAGAUCUACGACUGGAUGGUUAAGAGCGUCCCCUACUUCAAGGACAAGGGGGACAGCAACAGCUCGGCUGGAUGGAAGAACUCCAUUCGGCAUAACCUCUCCCUUCACAGCAAAUUUGUGAGAGUGCAAAAUGAAGGAACAGGUAAAAGUUCAUGGUGGAUCCUCAACCCUGAAGGGGGGAAAAAUGGGAAAUCGCCACGACGAAGAGCUGUUUCUAUGGACAAUAACAGUAAAUUUGCCAAAAGCAGAGGAAGAGCUGCCAAGAAAAAAGCCUCCCUCCAGUCAAGCCAAGACGGCAACGGGGAUAGCCCUGGAUCACAGUUCUCCAAGUGGCCUGGAAGUCCAAAUUCACACAGCAAUGAUGACUUCGAAGCAUGGAACACAUUCCGACCCAGAACGAGUUCCAACGCAAGUACAAUCAGUGGGAGGCUUUCUCCGAUCAUGCCGGAGCAGGACGAUCUUGGGGAUGCUGAUGUGCAUAGUCUGGUGUACCCUACAUCAUCAACCAAGCUGACUUCUACUUUGCCAAGCCUUUCAGAAUUGGGAAACUCUGAAAACAUGGAAAAUCUGCUAGAUAACCUGAACCUCUUGUCACCAAACACCUCACUGACUGUUUCUACACAGUCCUCGCCUGCCUCAAUGAUGCAGCAGUCUGGUUAUUUAUUAACGUCACCAAACACGAGUAUGGGAUCACCCAACCCUGACUACAGAAAAUAUAGUUAUGUUCAAGCUAGUAUGAACUCAAUCUCUCAGAUGCCUAUGCAAACAGUACCUGACAGUAAACCAUCGUAUAGAGCUGUUGGUCCAUAUUCUGUUCCUGGACUUUUAAAGGAACUUCUUACAUCAGAUUCACCACCCCAUAAUGAUAUUUUGACCCCAGUGGACCCUGCAGUUUCACAGGCCAGUGGCAGAGUGUGUAAGAAUUCGAUGAUGGUGACCAGUUCUUUAAUGCCAGCAUAUGGCAGUCAGUCAUCUCACAGCAAAAUGACUUUUUCCCACUCGCAUCAGCCACAUAGCCAGCAGACGUCAAUCAACGGUCGUGCCUUGCCCAAUACAGUGGGUGCCAUGACGCACGGAUCUGGCAUUAACCACUUGUCAGCAGCGAAACAUUCUUUACAAGUGCCUAUGGGUCAGCCUAUUCAGAUGUCAGGUAUGGGUCCGUAUCCCGUUAACAGCUGCAAUGGCUAUGGAAGAGUUGGCAUUGUCUCCAUUCACCAGGAGAUGCUUCCUAGUGACCUAGAUGACAUGCUUAUUGAAAGUUUGGACUGUGACGUGGAGUCUAUUAUCCGCAAUGACCACCUCAUGGAGGAUGAAGCAGAUUUUAACUUUGAUAGCAUAUUACCCAACCAAAGUUUUCCUCACAGUGUAACAACCACCACACAUAGUUGGGUAUCUGGAUAAAGGCUGGAAAUUGGUGAUGUAAGUGUCAUAGUGGUGAGCAGAAGAAGAAAGUCCAAAGAUGCCCUUCUACAGAUUAUAUUUUCACGGAACCGUUUCUGUUUCUCAAACUUAACAUAUAAUAUGGAUUUCUCCUAAAGGAUGUUUCCUUCAUGUAUACAAGUUUUGAUGAUCUCGGAACUCUCUUCGCUACGAAGUGCCAAACCUGAUACAAAGCAGAGUGGGGGAAAACGGCUUGGAUCAGGAAU